GGUUUCAAUGUUGCCCGCUUUGGAUUAGCCCAUCAAAUCAAAUAUGAUAAUAACGGCGAAAUUGGUUAGCAUUUGUUUGGGCGUCGCUUUGACAGCCUUCACCAUCUCCACCAUUGUGCUGGCCGUGCAGAAGGCCAACUUGCAGGAUGACCUGCGCGAUGCACGGGAGAAACUCGAUUUGCUCGAGGGAGGCUUCACAUCCACAACGGCAUUGCCAUCAAGUACCCCCACCACCACAGGGCCCGGCACAGGGACUACAGAAUCGCCUCCGGAGAAGAUUAAUUAUCGAUUGCCGACUGCUCUGACGCCCACCAACUAUGAUCUCACCUUGCAUCCGAAUAUUGAUACGGGCACGUUUAGUGGUGAUGUGAUUAUCUAUAUAACGGUAAACGAGCCAACCGAUCAGAUAAUAUUGCAUUCGCUCUAUUUGGACAUAAAGAGUGUAGUAGUCUACGAAACCGGGGAAUCCAGUGUGAUUGUCGAGAACUUCACUUUCGAUACAGUUCGAGAGUUCAUGAUCAUCAAUUUGAACACGAAGUUGACUGUCGGAUCUCUUGUCCACCUUUAUAUCGAAUUUUCGGGGAAUAUGGCCAACAAAAUUGUGGGCCUGUACAGUUCCUCAUAUUUGAAGGCCGAUGAGACACGCAAAACGAUUGCGACCUCCAAAUUUGAGCCAACCUACGCACGACAGGCAUUCCCAUGCUUCGAUGAACCCGCUUUGAAGGCCACCUUUGAGAUCAAGCUGGUGCGGCCAACGGGUGGCAAUUAUCAUGCGCUGUCUAACAUGAAUGUCGAUGUGGAGGUUGAUGAAGGCGCCACCACCGACGUUUUGUUUGCCAAGAGUGUGCCCAUGAGCACAUAUCUGGCUUGCUUCAUAAUCUCCGAUUUUCAGGCCAAAACGGUGAAGAUCGAUACGAAGGGCAUUGGCAAGACUUUCGAUAUGGGCGUCUAUGCAACGCCCGAGCAGAUCGAUAAGGUUGAUUUUGCCGUGAAUGUGGGCAAGGGGGUCAUUGAAUACUAUAUCGAUUACUUCCAAAUUGAGUAUCCACUACCCAAACUGGACAUGGCUGCCAUACCAGACUUCGUAUCGGGCGCCAUGGAGCACUGGGGUCUGGUCACCUUCCGUGAGACCUCGCUGCUGUACGAGGUGGCCACUAGCUCGACGGUAAAUAAGCAGCGCAUUGCCAGUGUUAUUGCACAUGAAUUUGCGCACAUGUGGUUCGGAAAUCUAGUUACCAUGCAGUGGUGGAAUGAUUUAUGGCUAAACGAGGGCUUUGCCAGCUUUAUUGAGUAUCUGGGUGUUGAUUCCGUAUAUCCCGAGUGGCAAAUGCGUGAUCAAUUUAUUGUGAGCACUUUGCACGGAGUGUUUAGCUUGGAUGGCACUCUGGGUUCCCAUCCCAUUAUACAGAAGGUUGAGAAUCCCGAUCAGAUAACGGAAAUCUUUGACACUAUUACGUAUUCCAAAGGCUCCUCUCUCGUUCGCAUGUUGGAAGACUUUCUUGGCGAGCCAAUCUUCCGUCAAGCGGUCACAAACUAUUUAAAUGAAUACAAAUACAAAAACGCUGUGACUGCUGACUUCUUUAACGAGAUUGAUAAGCUGGAUCUGGAAUAUAAUGUGACGGAUAUUAUGCUCACAUGGACGGUGCAGAUGGGUCUGCCCGUGGUCACGAUCGAAAAACUCUCGGACACUGAAUACAAAUUGAAGCAGAAGCGUUUCUUGUCCAAUCCCAAUGACUACAAUGAAGGCCACGAGCCCUCAGAAUUCGACUAUCGCUGGUCUAUACCCAUAACAUAUACGACCAGCGCGAAUCCUCAAGUGCAGCGAGAUUGGUUUUAUUACGAUUAUGGCGAAAUGAUCAUUAAGUUACCCGCCGCAGUGCAGUGGAUCAAGUUUAAUCACGAUCAGGUUGGCUAUUAUCGCGUCAACUACGAUCAGGCAUUAUGGCAAUCACUGGCCAAUCAAAUGGUAGCCAAACCAGACGCCUUCAGUGCUGGAGAUCGUGCCUCCAUACUGAACGAUGCAUUCGCUUUGGCGGAUGCCACACAGCUGCCCUAUGAGGUUGCCUUCGACAUGACCAAGUAUCUGGACAAAGAGGUCAACUAUGUGCCCUGGAGCGUGGCUGCCUCCAAGCUGACAUCACUGAAGCGCACCCUCUACUACACCAGCACCUUUGUCAAGUACAAGAAAUACGCAACUGCUCUGAUCGAACCCAUCUACACAUCGCUCACCUGGACCGUGGGCGAGGAUCAUUUGGACAACCGCCUACGUGUGACUGCCUUGGGUGCUGCCUGUUCUCUGGGUCUGGAUGCGUGCCUGACUGAAGGAGGUCAGCAAUUCAAGAUUUGGCUGGCCACUCCCGACAAGCGUCCCAGUCCCGAUGUGCGCGAGACCGUCUACUACUACGGCAUGCAAUCGGUUGGCAAUCAGGAGAUUUGGGAGGCCGUCUGGGAACUGUUUAUCAGCGAAACCGAUGCCAGUGAGAAAUCGAAGCUUAUGUAUGGUCUGUCAGCUAUACAGGAGCCGUGGCUGCUUCAACGCUACAUUGACCUGGCGUGGAACGAGGAGUAUGUGCGUGGUCAGGAUUACUUCAGCUGCUUAACCUACAUCUCGUCUAAUCCCAUGGGUGAGUCGCUGGUGUGGGAUUAUGUCCGCGAGAACUGGAUGCAGUUAGUCGCUCGCUUUGGUCUCAACGAGCGUUACUUGGGAAAUUUGAUACCAUCGAUAACUGCGCGCUUCCACACCCAAACGAAGCUCGAGGAAAUGGAGCACUUCUUUGCCAAGUAUCCCGAGGCGGGAGCCGGCACUGCCGCCCGAGUUCGUGCUCUGGAGACGGUCAAGAACAACAUCGUCUGGCUGGCUGAAAAUCUCGAGAGUGUGGAUGCUUGGCUCGACAAGCAGGAUAAACAGCUGAGCUUAACUGUUGUCGCUCGACCGGCUAAGAUGCAUAUAACGGACAAUUGGUUGCGAGUGGUAUUGUUUUGGAGCGUGGCCACAACGAUAGUUGUCGCCGAGCAACGCACACAAGAGGGGAAGCGUACAGUAUUCGAGGAGAUUGAUUAUCGUCUGCCGACGGCACUUGUGCCCACGCACUACUCUCUGCAUCUGCAUCCGGAGCUGGAUACGGGCAACUUUACGGGCCAGGAGCGCAUCUCCAUAAAAGUGUUGGAGGCAACAAAUCAAAUCAUUUUACACUCCCACAACCUGGACCUUGACAGCGUUUAUGUGCUCAACAAUGAGGUGACCAGCUAUGAGUUGGACGAGCUGCGUCAGCUGCUGAUCAUCAACUUGCAGGAGGAGCUGGAGGUAGAUGCAGCUAUUACGCUUGGCAUAACUUUUUCAGGACAAAUGCGCAACAAAUUAGUUGGAUUAUACAGCAGCAGCUAUGCGACGCCUGCGGGGCAGCAGCGCAACAUUGCGACUACGCAAUUUCAGCCAACUUAUGCGCGCCAGGCAUAUCCAUGCUUCGAUGAACCCGCCAUGAAGGCCACCUAUAAUAUCAGCGUUGUACAUCCCACUUCCGGUAACUAUCAUGCACUGUCCAACAUGAACCAGGUGGACACGAUGUUACUGGGCGAGAACACGAUGGCCAGCUUUGCCACCAGUGUGCCCAUGAGCAGCUAUUUGGCCUGUAUCAUUGUCUCCGACUUUGACUCGGAGACCAGCACGGUGAAAGCAAAUGGCAUUGGCGAAGACUUCGAGAUGCGUGCCUUUGCCACUCCCCAUCAGAAGAGCAAAGUGACAUUUGCAUUGGGAUUUGGAACAGCUGUCACAGAGUACUACAUUCAAUACUUCAAGGUGGCGUAUCCACUUCCCAAGUUGGAUAUGGCUGCCAUUCCCGAUUUUGCCUUGGGUGCCAUGGAGCACUGGGGUCUACUUACAUAUCGUGAGACUGCUCUCCUCUAUGAUGAGCAGAUUAGUUCCACGUUGGAUAAGCAGUCAGUGGCUAGUGUACUGGCUCACGAGAUUACUCAUCAGUGGUUCGGCAAUCUGGUCACCAUGAACUGGUGGAAUGAUCUUUGGCUAAACGAAGGAUUCGCUCGCUUCAUGCAGUACAAGGGCGUCCAUGCUGUGCAUCCCGAUUGGGGAAUGCUGGAACAAUUUCAAAUAAUUGCACUACAUCCAGUUUUGGUGUUCGAUGCGAAACUCUCCUCACAUCCCAUUGUGCAAAAAGUGGAGUCUCCGGAUGAAAUAUCGGCCAUUUUUGAUACGAUUAGUUAUGAUAAAGCUGGUUCUGUGUUGCGCAUGUUGGAGACUCUUGUCGGGCCAGAGAAGUUUGAGUUGGCUGUUACCAACUAUUUGACCAAAUACUCAUACAAGAACACGGUCACCGACGACUUUCUGACUGAAGUGGCUGCCCAGGUCAGUGACUUUGAUGUCAAGCAAUUGAUGCGCACUUGGACCGAGCAGAUGGGCUAUCCAGUUAUCAAUGUGCGUCAAACCGAUACCGGUUUCCUUAUUACCCAAAAGCGAUUCCUCUCCAACAAAGCCAGCUACGACGAGGAGGUGGAACCAUCUGAAUUCGGGUACAAAUGGAACGUUCCAAUCACUUAUUUAAUGGACAACGGCUAUACUGACAAUUUAAUUUUUGAGUACGACGUUGAUGAGAUCGGAGUGGCAGCGCUAUCUGAUAUCAACUGGAUCAAGCUGAAUGUGCAUCAGGUGGGUUACUAUCGCGUCAACUAUGAGGAAAGUCUGUGGCAGAAACUCAUCCAAGAGCUCGUCGAGAAACAUUCGCGUUUCGACAUUGCGGAUCGGGCGCAUUUGUUGGACGAUGCCUUUGCAUUGGCCGAUGCCAGUCAGUUGUCCUACACUGUCCCACUGGAGAUGACCGCCUACCUAGCUGAUGAGCUUGACUUUGUCCCCUGGUACGUCGCUGCCUCCAAACUGCAAACUCUCAAGAGCCAUCUCAUGUUCACCGAGAGCUACGUCUCCUACUUGACUUAUGCUCGUACCCUGCUCACCAAUGUCUACCAGGAGGUCGGCUGGACGGUCGAUGCUAACAACCAUUUGAAAAAUCGCCUACGGGUUUCAGUCCUUUCCGCUGCCUGUGCUUUGGGAGUACCUGACUGCCUGACUCAGGCAACGAACCGUUUCAGUACUUGGCUCCAGAAUCCCACCGCUGCCAAUCGUCCUGCACCAGAUCUGCGUGAAGUGGUCUACUACUACGGCAUGCAGCAGACGAGCAGCGAGUCCAAUUGGGAGCAGUUGCUGGAAUGGUUCAAGGCAGAGACGGAUGCUAGCGAGAAGUUGAAGCUGAUGUACGGUCUGUCGGCUGUGCAGAAUGGUCAGCUGCUCUACCGCUUCCUGGAGCUGGCUAGUGAUGAGAAUAUUGUGCGCUCCCAGGACUAUUUCACGUGUGUGCAGAAUAUCGCUGCCAAUCCGGUGGGUCAACCCAUUGUCUGGGAAUAUUAUCGAGAGCACUGGCCACAAUUAGUUGAUCGUUUUGGCCUCAACGAUCGCUAUUUUGGCAGAUUGAUUGUGAGUAUCACGAGUCGAUUUGCCAGCGAUGUUAAGCUUGAGGAAGUGCAGCAGUUCUUCAAGAAGUAUCCCGAGUCCGGAGUCGGUGCAACUUUCCGGCAACAAGUGAUUGAGACAAUCAAGUACAACAUUAACUGGCUGAAGGAGAACGCAGCCGACAUUUCCAGCUGGCUAAGCGGCACGGCCAGUCCAUUGGAAACGAAUAACCCAUAGAAAAAUUGUAUGGUCCCACUUAUUCACUUAUUUCCACAAUAAAAUGUAAAAAUAAAAAUAGAAUUACUAAUAA